CCUUCUCAUUCAAUGCUACUUCUUCAGGUUUGGAUUUUCCUCCAUUUUUUUUGAUGUCCCACAGAAUGGAACUGACCCAGAAGCUCGUAGCUGGAUGCCUUCUCCUGACUGUGUGUGUGACGAUCAGCUCUGGCCAACACUGGUCCUAUGGCCUUCGCCCAGGGGGGAAGAGGGAUGCUGAUAACUUGAUUGAUUCAUUCCAAGAGAUGGCCGAUGAAGGGAACCAGCUGGCAGAGCCUCAGCGCUUUGAAUGCACCAUUCACCAGCCGCGUUCCCCACUCCGGGAUCUAAAGGGGGUUUUGGCCAGCCUGAUCGAAGGAGAAGCCGGGAGGAAGAAGGCUUAACUCCACUGGACCAAAAGAAUUUCCCAACAUAGCUUUGUAGUUGAAAUAGUGACCCAUUUGAUGACGACUGUCAACGUAUGUUGUGAUACAUUUGGAAGCUUCUCCAAUCCAAGGCAUGUUUCUGCAUUGAAAAUAUCUUGGAAUUGAGGGCCCCUUUCUGAAUAAAGUAGUUAUCAAUGUUUCAUCUGA